AUGGCGAUCAACGAAGAGGAGGUGGAGAAAUUUCUCCGAGUAGUGGAGGAAGGAAAAGAAGCCAAGGCUUCGACCAAGCUCUUCAAGGCUCUCAAGAAGGCUUCUGGUGCUGUCAGUGUUGCCAUCGAGUUCUCCCGUCAUCCCAAUGCUGACGACGGCGCCCUGCAUGGCGUGGAAUUCCGUCAGUUCUCCCUCAAGAUGCGCAGAGAGAAGGCAGGAGCCAUCUUCGUGAACGCUGACAGCAAGUCGGGACUCCAAGACUGCGAAAAGUUCGUCGAAGAGCAAUUGUCAGCCAAGGGAAGUUUUCCUGGUCCUCUCCCUGUCGUCCGCACUGGCGAGGUCACAUCGUCGCGUCAGGUGGCUGAGGCGAAGGCUGCGGGGGUGGAGGGGGUGCUGGUACCCAUGUCCUCUGCAAGCUUGGAGGAGGUGAAGAAGGCCUGUAGCGCACUGGGGAUCGAAGUUUUGACCCUUGUGAGGAGCAAGGAGGAGUGCGAGAGCGCUGUGGCAUCUGGUUCCAAGAUCAUCUGCGUGGAAGCAGCAACGGUGGAGGAGGCAACCGCUAUCCGGGAGCUUAUUCCGAAGGAUUGCGCUGCUGUCGCUUGUCUCAACUCGAGGAUGAGUGGAGCACCGGAGGAUGUAUUCAGCGCUCUCAAGGACGAGAACGCGGAGAUUGAGAUGCUCAAGUUUGCCUCUGCCUUGAAGCCAGCGUUCAACGCCAUCAUCGCACAGAAGGCUGUCCUCUCAGUCACGCACAGGGGGGAGACGUUCUUCGGAUCAUGGCUCCUCGAGUCUCUUCUCAGCAAGAAGAGCGGCAUGGGACCCGUCGAGGCCAUCGGCUUCACGACCACGGGGGUGGACAAGUACGGGGCAGACCUGGGGCAGUACCAGGGGCUGCAGUAG